CAGAAUCAAAACUUCAGAUUGUCAAAAUUUUAGUCAACAAGUUUUACCGCUUACGAAUUUCUUUAAUUUUUGAUAUAAACUAUUGAAGGGAAUAAGUAGCGAAAAUGCCGGUGUUGGAAUCUUGUUGGUCUCCUUGCAUCUGGUUUCCGAAUGUGAAAACAGGCAGCCGAGCUGUUGCAGUGUAUACAGCAGCUAUGAGUGUGGUACUCAUUACAUUUAUAGCUUAUCAGAUGGACGGUGGAGAUUCCACGCAGUUAUGGAAUCCUCUAUUUGAAGCUGAUGUCAGAGAAUCACUACAAGUUUUUGGAAUAAUUUUCAUAAUCAUAUUUGUGGGUCUCAUUGUGUCUUCAAUUCUGAUGGUGAUUGGAAUAAACAUAUGGAUGCGAGGUAUGUUGCUACCUUGGCUGAUCAUAAUGGGAUUCAUUAUAUCUUUCCAACUCAUAUUUGGAUUGUGGCUUCUUGGAGGGUACUAUAUCUAUUUGGAUGCCACAUUUGCUGCCCUUCUAGAUUUCUUGUGGAUGGCAUACAAUAUCUACUGCUGGUUGUGUGUAUUUUCUCAAUACCAAAUAAUUCUGGAAAUGCAGUCACCAAAUAUUGAAAUACUAGUAGAAUAUUAGUAGUAAGUUAAUUUUAAUAUUAAGUUACACAAAAUGAAGUUUUUAUACAAUAAAGAACGUUAAUAUCAUUUUUACACUACUUGGCUCCAAAAAUGACAUCUCAGAAGAUCACUA